AUGUCGUAUCAGUCCAUUAAUGCAAGAAAGGAAGAAUUCCGAAAAUAUUUAGAGAAGAAUGGAGUUGUGGAUUCUUUUACCAAGGCUCUUGUGGCAUUGUAUGAAGAACCAGAGAGACCACAAAAUCCACUCGAAUAUGUGAAACAUUAUCUUGGAGGACCAUCCACAGAGGAUAUUGAACAAUUAAAACAGGAGAAUGAAAAGCUUAAACAACGAAUUAAGGAAUUGGAGGAAGGAAAAUCAAAUCAAUAA